UUUGAACGACCGGCAUCUGUAAUUUUUUUUCUUCUGUGUCGAAACAUAGAAAUUUAUUUGUUUCUUCUUUGUUUAAAUAACAUAGACCGUAAUUCAUAAAAAUCGUAUUGUGUCCUUCGCGUAAAUUUUUUUAUUAAAACGAUCGUCAAAGUGACUAAUUAUUACAUAUCUUGCGUGAUUAUUCCAUUAUGAGUGUUUUGAUUAAAAAUAUUUAUUAUUUUUAAUAAUAAUAUAUAUAGAUAAAUAAAUUAAAAUUUAGUUAAGUAAUAAAAUCAACAAAAUUUGUCAUGUCUGAAUUCUUAGACAUUGAUGGAAGCGUCUUAGAAGGGGGUGGUCAAAUACUUCGCAUAUCGAUCUCUCUGAGUGCACUGUUGUCUGUACCAGUACAUGUAUACAAUAUAAGAGCUGGCCGAAGGAAACCAGGCUUAGCGGCACAGCAUUUAAAAGGAAUCCAGCUAGUGGGAGAGAUGUGCCAGGCAAAAUUGAAGGGUGUAACUAUAGGAUCUACGGAGAUAGAGUUUUCACCAGGAAAGAUUAAAGGAGGCCACUAUAUGGCUGAUACACAAACUGCUGGUUCCAUCAGUCUUCUGCUGCAAGUGGCGUUACCCUGCGCCCUGAUGGCAGACGGACCCGUGACCCUGGACCUUCGCGGCGGUACCAACGCAGACAUGGCGCCGCAGAUCGACUAUAUGGAUAUGGUCUUUAGACCACUACUGCAGAAAUUCGGUGGAGAUUUUUCUUUAAAAAUACAUAAGAGAGGGUAUUAUCCGAAGGGCGGUGGUCACGUGACCGUGGACGUGACGCCCAUCAAGCGGCUGAACAGCAUCACGUUACUGGACCCAGGCACCCUCACCAAUGUAGAGGGGAUCAGCUACGUGGCUGGUGUGCUGCCUCUAAAGAUGGCAUACGAAAUGUGCGAUGGUGUGAAGCAACAACUGCAGUCUGAAUGUGAGGAGCUGAACAUCCAGUGCUAUAAGGAGGACAGGAAUGUUGCGCCGGACAACUGUAGCGGUAUUGUCGUGUCGUGUUCGCUGAGCGGUCCUGGAGGCGCCAGUGGCAGGUGUACGGUCGGCGGCAGCGCCCUCGGGCGGCGAGGGACGGCGCCGCGGGACGUCGGCCGCCAGCUCGGCCGCCAGCUCGCCGCCAGCCUGCACGGCCGCGCCUGCCUCGACCGCUACUCGCAGGACCAAGUAAUUUUGUACAUGGCGUUGGCGCAUGGAAAAUCUGCUGUGAAAACUGAAGAGUUGACGUUACAUACCAAAACGGCUAUACACGUUGCUGAACUAGUUGCUAAGACAAAGUUCAAUGUCCAGUCGAGUGAUGACCACCACGUGAUAGAGUGUGUAGGCCUAGGCUAUACCAAUAGGAACUUACCUGCGGAGUAAAUUGAGUACAACAAAUCCAAGCAUUUCGUCUAGUCAACCUAACGAGUAUGUACCGUGUUUAAACCCUCCAUAUCACCUAUCUUAUCAAUAAAUUACUAAUAGGUUAAAAAAAUUACUCGAAAAGCAUUUAGUGAGCCAUAUGGAGACGUUACCAGAGGGAGACUUUGUACAAAAGUCGAUUGCAUGCAUUGCCAUUCCUGAGGACUCAGGUGAAACACAGCCAUGCAAACACAACUGCUUCACGGUUGAAACACGAAUUGGACAGAGGUACCGAAGCAAUCGACUUUUGUACAAAGUCUCCCUCUGAAAUAUAUUUAUUUUUUCAACCUAUUAUUAAUGUAAGGUUCCCAAAUGCAGAAUUACACAUUAAAAAUAUAUUGAAAUAUACUUAAUCAGUGUCUAUAUAUCAAUACUUACUGUACUGUAUGUGCUGUCGAUGAUUCGAGUAAAUACGAUAAAAUACGGAUAAUAAGAAAAAUACGGUAAAUAGUGUUUCUUUUUUUUUCUAAUGGGUGAAAAUGGUAUGGUAGCCCCGCCUGCGCUAACGGGAUACGCUGGCGGAGCACCAGUGAAGGGUGAUCGAUGAGAAUGAAAACAGGCCAGUUAGCCCAUCAUGAUGAAUUCAUCAGGAAUUAACAUGAUAGUUUCCAGGGGGAACCGUGAGGAGGUGGACCUGGUUGGGUAUAUUGCUAGCAAUGGGAUUUUCAGUCUCCAUUACUAACAAUCCCUUGAACCCCCGGUAAAUAGAGUUUACAGUAUGAUAUCGAAAUUAACAACAUAUUUUUAAGAGAGAGAGCUCUAUCAGUGUAAUAUUUUAUCUCAAGUGGCAAUAGGUUAAAAAAAAAACAAAAAUAUGUACUCUCCCAUACUACCUUCUUAUCUGUCCGCUGCUGAACAUAGGUUUCCUCCAUUAACUCUAAUAACGCGUUCCUUAUGGCGGUCUAUGGGAGAGACCUAUCUAACAAAAGGGGUCAAGACCGUUGUCUUGGAUCACCUGAGCCGCCAUGCUGGUAUGGUGGACUCAAAAUAUUUUCUCAAUUUUUAACUAAGUUUUUUGGGCAUAAAUGGCGUUUGUAGACCCAUGGACCCAUAAAUAUUUUGAUUUCAUCCCGUAUUUUAUUGUUAGACACUAGACAAUGUCUUAUGUCCAGUCCAGGACAAGCAGACUGUAUCCGAGUAAAAAAAAAAAGUUUUAUGUUUUUAAAUAUUUGUAUGCAGAUAUUUUGUUACCUGAUUAUGAUAUAAUAUGGUCAGGAUAGAACUGGAGUCUUGAGUAUUGUUUAACAGUCUCAAGUCCAACAAUUCUCGGUUUAAAUCUAAUUUUUUUUAGAGGUUCGGUCCCGAUAUUGAUGUAUUUGCCAAGCAAUCGUAAAAUGGGCGUUUUCUUAAUUUCCGGUAUUUAAUGUACGGUAUUGUACGAUUUUAUCGUUGCGAUAUAAUAGGAGAGUUAAAUUUGCCAUUAUCAUUGGCGUAUGCAGGAUUAUUUUUCAAAAAGGCGGGUGUAUCCCUUAAAAUGGACGAAUGUGUAUUCCCAGACAUGUUUUUGCUCAUAAGCUCCACUCUUGAUCCUGGGGUGGGCACCAGACAAUUCUGGGGUGGGCAAUGCCAACCCCCUUAAAUAUGUUGAUAUUCACAGAAAUUCAGUAUCGUAUAGUAAUAUCGAAACUAGACGUGGGUUAUAACAGGACAAACAUAAUAUUUGUUAUAACUGCUACCCAAUAAUAACAGGUUUUUUAAAUCUAUUUAUUAUAUAUAUAUAUAUAUAUAUAUAUAUAUAUAUAUAUAUAUAUAUAUAUAUUGUGGGCGAUAUUAUGGACUGUAUAUUGAUGUAUAUGAUGUAAUCAAACAAUGGGUUUAAAAGGAAAAUAACUAUAAUAAAGAAAACUACGAAAGAUAGACUACGACAGCUAAGAGCAAAAGUGACAAUUGGUGGAAACAAGUGUAUAAAAAUACAAUAAAAAUAAAAACCUUUAAAAAUAACUAAGGAGUUCGCAACACAUAUAUAUAUAAAUAUAAAGUUAAAAGAAAUAAAAAAAAACAAAUUCUUCCGCGUUUUAAAUAUAUAUUUAUCUGUUACUUGGAUACAUUACCAAUACUCUGUUACUUGGAUAUGUUACCAAUACUCACUGCAACGUGAAAUUGAUUUGCAUUAAUGUCUGCUAUUCUACAUCUAAAUCUAAAUAGAAAUAAUAAAAUCGUACGAUAUCGUGCCGUAUGGUAAAUAAUAAAAACGCCCAAUAAAUAAUAAAUUAUUAUUAUUUUUUUAUAUGUAUGUCUAAGGAUUAAUAUUAAAGACUAAUAAAAAGGUUGUGAUGUUUGAUUACUAGAGUAAAACUCGAGAGUGGAUGAUAUCUGCGCAUACAGAUGGCUAUAAUUUAAUGUAUGCGCCUAAAAUAAUCUACCACCAUACGUGUUUCAGCCGCCAAGCGGCUGUGCUUGUGUGGCCGAGGGUCGGCUUAGGGACUACUCACACUUAUUCAGCUCUAUUCAACGUUUGUCCAUAGAAAACGAUUUUGUAUGGAGACGUGUACGCAUCCAUUCAGCUUUCCGCGUCAUGAAACAAUGAGGAUAAAUGUGUAUUUAUCAUGCGAAUGCUAUAGAGAGCGUUCAGCGCUGUUCCGCCGCGUUCAGCGCUGUUCCGCCGCAUUCAGCGUCGAAAGGAGCUGAAUAAGUGUGAGUAGUCCCUUAGAGUGAGAAUUGAUAGUAAAAUUACAAGGUACAGAGUACACAGGCCUAGUAAAUUAGUUUUGAAUGUUCUCACCCGAGGAGUUACAGUGUAUUCUGUGAUGGCCAUGGUAUGAUAGUUCAUAUCUAUAAGCGAUAGGCACUAUUUUCCAUCACGUGGGCUUAUGUGUUUGUGUGAAAUUUUAAGUCGGAUAAAUAUGUUUAUUGAGACUGAAAUUGAUUGGAAUGGAAGGCUGCUAUAAAAUUAUUAUUUAUAGAUAACUUUAUACAAGUAAAAUAGUUGGCAUGUGGCAAGUGGAAAAAUAAAUAAUUUGUUUUUUUUUUUUAUUUCCAUAGAGUCGCAAUUUACGAUUGUCGUUUACUUU